CGCAGCAAUUUUUAGAUCUUUUUAUUAUCGCUAUGUAGAAUUUUAUUAUAUACUACUUAACUACUAGUUCACUACCACUUCAAUUCUAUCAAAUCAUACUACGAAUACUUACAAUGUUAUUAGGGGUGGUAUUACAAACUUUAAGUCUACUAUUAUUAGUGGUUUCAGUUCCUGUUCCAAGUCAAGUAGAAAUAGUAGUUACCCCUCAAGAUUUGAAAGAUGCCGCCGAAUAUGCUGUUGUGAAAAUUCCAGAAAUUAAAAACAAUUUCAAGACAAUGGUUAAGCAGAAGCUUUUGAAUAGAAUUAUUUCUAAAGAUUAUCAAGAAUUAACUGCUGUUGUUGAUCCCAUUACUGGUAAACUUUCAUUAACUAAAGGAAAUGUUAUUGUGGAUGGUAGUCAUACAAAAGAUUCAAGUAUAUCUGAACUUCAUAGCGACCCACCAAUCCAGAACAUUGAGAUUAAAAUCCCUCAAGAGCCAGGUUUAGUUACUUCAAUAAUUAAAGGAGGUGAUACGUUUGAAACUGAUACUACUGACGAUGAAUCUGAACCAGAAGAAAAUGAACAUGUCGGGUAUAAGAAGCCGUACUCCACUAAAACCAUUCACAAAGAUAUGGGCAUUAAAGGAGUUAAGCUUGAACAAGAUCCAUUUGAAGAUCCAGAUGAUUAGAUAAUUCAUAAGCAUUAACUUCUAAGCAUUUGACUUAGUUUAUUUCAGUUUACUUUUAGAAAUCUUAAAUAUAAUAAAAUAUAAUCUAUAUAGCCUAUACAGUAUCCAACUUCCAAAUACACUCUAUUAUAUGUUCUUUACUCCACUAGUCGGGCACAGCCUCUUCUACAUGUUUACAUAUACCAUAAAUAUGAAAUAAACUUGCCUUGUGGCAGACAAUUUACAAAUUAAUGUGGUAUGAAUAAAUUGUCUUCAGUGGUUUAAAUAGUUUUUAUGGUACGAGACCUCGGAAGUACAAGUACAAAAAAUAAAAUAAGUUUUACCAGUCAUUUUACCAGCAGCAUCAUCCAGGUAAUGGGCCAAAAUAUGGCCCUUUACUAAGACAUGACACUAGACACCGUAGUUAGGCUUAAAUAGUUAUUUGAGCUAAAGCUCAAUU